GGGGAAAUCGGAUUCAAGUGGUUUGUGGGAGAGUUGAAAAUGGCGUUGAAAGCAGCUUGUUAAAUGAAUAACAACCAAGUUCCUUCGAAAACUUUCAAACGAAACGAAAUUAUAAGCGCAAUUGACGGCGCUGGUUGUUUUGGGGAAGGAGAUGAGUCUUCUUUUGAACAUACACCACCACUCACAGUGGCAGAGAGUUCGUCCUCCAACCUUUCGUCAGACCACAUAGACGUGGAAUGGGGUAUGGACGGAGAGCCAUGGAUGGACGCAGGGGAGGACGACUCUCUUGUUGCUCACCAGUUCGUUUUCAGAAAAUUGCUUGAAAGAAGGCUUUGGCACCGAAAACAAGGAAAUAAGUCAAGAAAGAGAGACGAACUCCUUGCUGUAGAACACCCUUCGGUAACCGAAGGAGAAAUACCUUCGUCUGUUGAACUGUUCAGGGAAAAAGUCAAAGAAAAGGUGGAUUCUCCUUAUAUUUAUUAUUUUGACGCCGCUCUUAUUGGGUUCAAUUUGUUGGUAUUUUUGGUAAAAUAUAUUACAAUGUACAAACUCGCUUGGUCUCACUCGUUCACUUCUCGUUUGGUUUAUUUCAUCGAAACUUGGAUUCAGUUGGGACUCAACGUUGCCAUGUGGUUUUUCUUUUUGGUGGAAACUGCAGUUCGGAUGUGGGCUUGGGGCUUUUUCAGCUAUUUUGAAGAUAAAUUCAACGUUGCUGAUUUCAUUACAGUGGUUCUGUUGACAGUUCCUACCUUUGUAGAGCUUGGUCUUUAUAGCGUUGAUUCUUUGUAUACGUUGAAAAUAGAACACCAGUGGAAAGUACAAUUGGCACAAGUAUUUACUGUCGUCAUGGCAACUUUGCGCUUGGCAACAAUGAUAAGGAUAGCAACGGUGAAGGAUAUUCGAAGACAAGCACAUCGUUCAGCAUUGGAACUCAAAGAACAGAUGGAAGCAAGGGGUAUGGAGGAAAAUUGGAAAAUCUCGGAACAUGAAGUGGAGUUCGGAAACCAAAUUGGAGCAGGUUCGUUUGGUGUUGUACAGCUUGCAUUAUGGCAUGGAACACUAGUUGCAGUAAAGACUUUGGACCGUGUGCAAAUGGACGAAGAUUCUUUGAGUAUAUUUGAGAAAGAAGUGAAGAUCAGUUUGAUGCUAAGACAUCCCAACAUUGUACUUUUUAUGGGAGUAGUUUAUCGCCAAGAUGGAGCUCUAUCUCUGGUUACUGAAUAUUGUGACAAGGGAGAUUUGAGACGAGUGAUACAUAACAACCGCAUUCGCAUUAGUACCGGUCUUCGAAUGAAAUUUGCCAUAGGAGCAGCUCAUGGUCUGGCUUAUCUUCAUAGUAGAGUGCCACCCAUAGUACAUCGAGACUUGAAGAGCGGCAAUUUAUUGGUAGACUCUGGUUGGAAUGUGAAAAUUUCGGACUUUGGUUUGAGUAUUUUAAUGGGUGCCAUGCGUAUAGAUACCAAUGUCGUGGGUACUUUGCAGUAUACCGCUCCAGAAGUCCUUCGCAAUGAAAAGUCAACACCAGCCUCAGAUAUUUAUAGUUUAGGAGUCAUUUUUUGGGAAUUGGGAACAAGAGAAGUACCUUUUAAGGGUAAAAAUAGAUAUGAACUUUUCAUUGGAGUUGCAGAAUCUGGGUUGAAACCUGAUUUUGAGUUGUUAACGCUUCGUGCCGGAAAGGAGUAUACUGCAGUGGUUGCACAGUGUUUGGCAUUUCAUGCUGAAGAACGUCCCGAUAUCGAACAAAUUAUUGACUUGUUAGACGUGUUAGUAGAAGAGGAUAAAGAAAUUGCUUCUAAUCUGGCGAAGAAGCGAUCUCAGUCACACAAGAGGAAGUCAAACUCUCAUGAGCACUUUUGGAGACAUUCGUCGAGUCCUCCACGGAAGUCAGAUUCCUAUUCGGAGGAUAUGGAGAACGGUUUUAUAAAUGGCUCCCAUAUGGAAGGAGUAUCAUAGUUGUCAUUUGCCAUAUUUGGGGGUACUAUCACAGCAUUAGG